AUGCGUGAACGUUAUUUAAUCGCACACGAACGUAUUCACAGUGAGGAUAAAGUUUAUAAUUGUCGAAUAUGUAAUAAAGCAUUUACACAACAUAGUAAUUCAAUACGACAUGAAAAAUUACAUAAUAUCGAAAAAGUAUACGAAUGUAAAUUAUGCGGGAAAAAAUUUAUACGACAACGUUAUUUAAAUGCACAUGAGCGUAUCCAUAGUGCGGAACAAAUUUACGAAUGUAAUGUAUGUCCAGAAACAUUUGUACAGCAGAGUAAUUUAUUAUUACAUAAACGAAUCCAUCUAGAAAAUAAAUCGAAAAGUUUAAAUGAAGUAACGAAACCACAAAUAAAUUCACCCACUUCCUAUAAAUGUAAAACUUGUGAACAAAUAUUUACAUCGUAUCAUCGGUUAUUUACACAUCGUUUAUUACAUAAAAAGAAAAUUCCGUAUAAAUGUCGUAUUUGUAAUAAAAAAUUUUCUAAUUUGAAAACUUUAAGAAAACAUCGUCAAAAUACAUGUUGUGCAUGUGAAAAACAAUUUUCAACACGAUUAUUAUUAAUCGAACAUCAAAAAACAUGCUCCGCUCAUGUUGAAAAAACGAAAGUACAUAAAUGUAAUAUAUGUUCGAAAUUUUUCGCGACAAGAAUUAUUUUAAAAGUACAUGAAAAAACACACGAUCAAUUAGAAGAUGAAAAAUCAGAAGAAAUUUCUUCGAGUACAAGUAAAAUACGAUCGAAAAUUGAUAGUUACGAAAUAAAAAUUAAUGAAUGGAAAUAUAUAUGUAAAACGUGUGGAAAAUCAUUUACGGCACGUAGUAAUUUAUUGGUACAUGAGCGUAUUCAUACGGGGGAAAAACCAUAUAAAUGUAAAACAUGUAAGAUGGUAUUUAGACAGUUAAAUCAUUUUAAGACACAUGUACGAAAGAAACAUGCAACAAAAAUGCUUGGUCGUAAACGAAUCGAAUAUUUUGAAUGUAAUGGUUGUGGAAAAUUAUUUAAGAAAAAGGCUGGUUUAAGUUUACAUAUUGCACGUUAUCAAAAACUUGGUAAAAAAUGUGGAAUUAUUAAUUAA